CAUUGUUCCAUAUUCAGUAUCUGCCACUGCAUGUGUCUCCAAAAUGACUGGGUGUGCCAAUCAGUCCUUGGGAUGGUGACAGAGGGGCAAUAAUUUCUGGGCCACUGCGGCCUUGCACACAGCCUUCAAAAUAACAGGGCUUUUUACCUCAUCAGCUAUGAUUAGGUCUGCUUGUACAGGCUUCUCACGUCCACUUCCUUCCCCCAGGAAGCUGAAGAUAUCCAGGCAUUGUACGUUCCACAUUCUGUGCCUCACUGCGGUCUUCUUCAUGACUGUCGGUCUGGUGUUGCAAGCAGUGGAAAUCCUGGAUAUAAGGAUAAGGUACAGAGAGCUGCUGCAGCCUUGGAUUUUCCCGCUGAAUUCUCACAUGGACGGGACGCUGGAGAAAUCCUGUCAACCCAAGACGCAUGUGAUGUUCCUAAAGACACACAAGACCGCCAGCAGUACAAUCCUAAAUAUCUUGUACCGCUUUGGGGAGGCCAGGAACUUAAUCUUUGCCCUUCCCACCAGCUACCAGUUUGACUACCCCUCCCUCUUCAACACAAAGAUGGUCAAAUCUUACAACCCUAAUAAUUCCCAGGAGUAUCACAUAAUUUGCAACCAUAUGAGGUUCUACCAGCCCCAGAUCGAGAAGCUGAUGCCACCUGGGACCUUUUACUUCUCCAUCAUGCGCGACCCAGUGACCUUGGCAGAGUCUUCCUUCAACUAUUACAAAGAGGCAUUCCUGAACCUAGGUUCCCUGGAGCAGUUCCUGGCCGAACCAUGGAGAUACUACUCCCCAUCUACCUUCAGCAGCCACUAUGCCAAGAACCCCAUGUGGUUCGACUUCGGCUUCGACCACAACACCAACAACACGGAGGAUUAUGUGGAGUCCGUCCUGAGUGAGAUCAGGGGUACGUUCCACCUCAUCCUCAUCUCCGAGUACUUCGAUGAGUCGAUGGUCCUGCUGAAGGACGCCCUGUGUUGGGAACUCAAUGACGUGGUCUCCUUCAGGCUGAAUGCCAGAAGCCAGGACAGUGUGAAGGUGCUGUCUAGGGUGGAUGCAGAUCGUAUCAGGGCUUGGAACUCCCUGGACUGGAAUCUCUACUUGCACUUCAACAAGACCUUCUGGCAAAAAGUGGAGCGAUACGGCCGGAAAAGAAUGGCAGAUGACGUGCUUGUUCUGCAGCAGACACGCAAGAAGAUGGAGGAGCUCUGCCUGGAGGGAGGAGUAAACACCAGGCAAAUCCGGGACAAAAGGCUCAAACCUUUCCAAUAUAACGGCGCGCAGAUCGUGGGCUACAACCUGAACCCGCAGCUCGACGGCGACACCAGUUAGACGUGCCUUCGCAUGGUCAUGCCUGAACUCCAAUACAAAGACCUGUUGGAUGCCAUGUUCUUUCCGACAGCUCCUGGUGGGAAAACCAUUCAGGCAUCGCCAGCUCAUGUUUGAGACAUUAACGCAAAAGAUUAUAGACCCAAAGCCUUCUUUUAUCUGGGAAGUAUAAUACUGUGCAA